AUGGCCGACAACGACCCUACCUCUCCACGCCGGCCUCCCAACCCUGCGGCUCCCGUGUUCCAGUCAAUACCGCUUCAAAAUCUCAACCAGUCGUCCGGUGACAACGACGCUGAUCAUGGAGGACGCGUUCGGACCGAGCAGUCCGGGCUUGGGCUUGGGCCUGGGGCCGGGGUUGGGGCUACAAUACACGGGCCAGCAGCGGUUCAUGGGGGAGGGAGAAGAGAUCACUCGCCAAUUGCCAUGUCGGCCAAUUUACCAGGACUCUCGACUUACUGGGAGCAUCCCUAUGCGUACGCCCACGACGACAUCAGCGCCGGCAGUUCGCCGAUCGAUCAUAUGGCUCUACAGUUUGCUCUCCCCCCCGACAUACGACAGCAGCCGUCACCCUCUGAGGCCCCGCCGUACAUCUCCGGCUCCGAUAACCUAUACCAGACCCCCCACGCCUAUUAUGAGGAACGAGCCGAUACAGACUCUCUAGAGUCGGAUAGGGCCCCUCUAAAGCCUGCGGCACAGCCAAUGGCCCACCUAGACAGGCCAGAGGCAGAGGCCACGCCUCGCAAUAGUUUUCAGACUGUGUCUGAUCUCGGCAACAGCCCGUCCCGGCCACGGAAUACCCAGAUGCUCGGCUACGACUUGGAGCCCGGGUUUGCCUCGGAUCGGCACCACAGCUAUGGGGCGAAUCUCGCUCCCGAAGACAGGCGACGGUCACGCUCUCCGUCAACGAGCGGAGCGCUGUCGAGAGCGGGCUCCAUUAUGAGGGCAAUGUCCCAGCGCGUGGUCAUGAUCAGUGGCGAGGGCGAUCUUGUAGAACAGCAACCUCGGCGGGAAAGGUCGCGCUCGCCAGGUGUCGACGGCCCUCGCCAGAGUCAUAUGUCGGCGCCUAUGCUUGUCGACACCUCGUACCCAUCUCAGAUCUUCCGCAUGCCUUCGGAAAAGAGGGCUGGGUCGGAAAGUGUCCACCCAGAGGAGCAGCCGGCGUUCAUGUCACGGCCGCGUGCUCCCCUGCCGAAUCCUCUAAAGGGAAAUUCUCUCGGCAUCUUCCCGCCCGAAAAUGCGCUGCGCAAAUGGCUCUGCAAUGUCCUGGUCAACCCCUGGACUGAGCCGUUCAUUCUAGUUCUGAUCAUUCUUCAGGCGGUUCUCCUGGCCGUCGAGGCGGCUCCGGACGUAUUCGUCGAGGGGAAUGCCCGGCCCCCUCGCUGGGGGAGCACUAGGAUUGACUGGGCCAUAUUUGGCCUGUUCGUCGUUUUCACACUCGAACUCGUAGCCAGGAUCAUCGUGUCCGGUUUUGUUGUCAACGCCGACGACUACGCUCCAGUCAGCAGCAAGCGCCGUGUGAGAGAGCGAGUGGCCGAGCAGUACCGAGCUAUCUUCCAACCCCAACGCCACAAAUCGGUUCGGCAACCACGGCAAGAGCAAUUUGUGCCGACGGCCUUUGCGAGGUCUUUUACCAUGAUUCAGGGACAGGCAGCGAUAGGUUCGCUGGAAGACCAGCAGCGUCUACACCUGGCGCGUAGGGCAUUUCUACGGCACGGCUUCAACAGACUGGAUUUUGUCGCUGUUGUUUCGUUCUGGGUGUCCUUUGUGCUUGGCAUUACUGGUCUGGAGCACGAUCGCCAUAUCUUCGUCUUCCGUAUGCUUAGUUGCUUGCGUAUCGUUCGUCUCCUAGCUCUUACAAAGGGCAACUUGAUCAUCCUCCGGAGUCUCAAGAAGGCAGCGCCACUUCUCGUAAGGGUUUCAUUCUUGAUGGGCUUCUUUUGGCUUCUAUUUGCCAUUAUCGGGGUGCAAAGCUUCAAGUCGAGCCUCAGCCGCCAAUGCACCUGGCUCAACCCUGAGAAUCCCUCAAACUUCAGCGUAGCAUACACGCCGCCCAUGUCUUUCUGCGGAGGACACCUCAACGUCACGUCCGGUGCCCCGGAACCCUGGGUUUUCUCUCCAACCGGAGACCUGGCUCCCGAAUCCCUCCGCCGAGGCGCCCAGAAUGCAAAGGGCUUUCUUUGCCCCAGAGGAUCAAUCUGUCUGCAGCAGAGCAACCCGUAUAAUGGGACGGUCAACUUUGACGAUAUCGGGCAUUCGCUCGAGUUGGUUUUCGUCAUUAUGAGCGCCAACACGUUUUCGGAUCUGAUGUACUACACGAUAAGUUCGGACUUCCUCCCGGCAGCGUUGUUCUUCGGGGCUGGCAUCAUCAUCAUGAUGCUCUGGAUGACCAACUUGCUCAUUGCGGUCAUCACCUCCUCCUUCCAAGUCAUCAGAGAAGAGUCAAAGGCGAGUGCAUUUGCUGCCGACGGGCCACCAGCCCUCGGCCCUUCGGCUCACAACGAUGGACCGCCACGGCGACGGUCGACACUACAGCAUAUAUACCACAAAAUCCACUGGAUUUGGGUUGUCACCAUCGCAUACGGACUCCUGUGCCAAGCUUUCCGGACGGCGAACAUGACGCCAAGCCGAGAGACGUUCGUCAACACCUCGGAGCUCAUCGUGACUAUUUUUCUCGACAUUGAAAUCGCCAUCAGACUUGUUGCAGACUUUCGGAGAUUUCAUCACCGGAUGAGCAAUCUCUUUGAUCUUGUGCUCGCCGUGAUUACGACCGUCAUUCUUAUCCCGCCUAUCCGCAAUGCAGGCCAAGUCUAUAACUGGCUCACCGUGUUCCAACUUCUUCGGGUCUAUCGCCUGGUCUUGGUCAUUCCGAUGACCAAGAAACUGAUUCAGCUUGUACUGGGCAACGUGGCCGGUAUCGGCAACUUGAUGCUGUUUGUCUUCUUGAUCACGUUCCUCAUGGCGAUAUUCGCUGCGCAGCUCUUUCGCGGCCAGAUUCCCGCCCAAGACGCAGACGGGGAUUAUGUUAGGAUACCGUUCAACACCAUCUACAACUCCUUUCUCGGCAUGUACCAAGUAUUAUCAAGCGAGAACUGGACUGAGAUCCUGUACAAUGUCACGGCCUUCACCACCCGUCUAGACACUGCGUGGGUCGGUGCCGUGUUCCUGAUCGGAUGGUUUAUCCUCUCCUACUUCAUUCUCAUCAAUAUGUUUAUUGCUGUCAUUCAAGAGAACUUCGACGUUGGGGAGGACAUGAAACGACUUGAGCAAGUGAAAGCUUUCCUCCAACGCAAAGAGCUAGCCAGCUCAUCCAGCAACCUUGCGCUGUCGAAAGUCUUCGCAUUCGGACGAUCUAAGAAACACAACGAGGCGCUCGAUUACGGCCCCGCCAUGAUGGAAAUGCUGCUCAAGGAAGCUGUCGUGCGCGAAUUUCUUGAUGACAGUAUCGACCCUCUUCAAGAAACGCCAACCGAGAGCGAAUCCCCCCCGCAGCUCGGGACAAACAAUGGCAUCAAACCUGGGACUCUUUCCUCUCUAUGGGGAAAGGCUGUUUCGAUAUUUAACGGCAGCGACCCCAACCCCUUUUACUCAAACGUUCGAUUCAACGGGGCCAGUGACACGCUUGAUCCUAGGCAGAUGGCUCGCGAGGCUGUGAGCGCUACCGCCAGUCGCCGCAAGGCGCAAAGGGAAUAUCUCAUGCGGCACCCAAAGUACAACAAUGCCUUGUUCAUCUUCACGCCCAAGAACCCUAUCCGGCGCCUUUGCCAGCAGCUCGUCGGGCCCGGGCGGGGCUCCGAACGGAUUGACGGCGUUAUGCCGAACAAAUACGCAUGGUAUACGUUCUCUGCUCUGAUUUACGCCGCCAUCGUUGCCAUGGUGAUUCUGGCAUGCUUCACGACUCCCCUCUAUCAAAAGGAGUACUUCAUGAGGAACUCUUUCAGCAUCCUCAACUGGUUUGUGUGGACUGAUAUGGCAUUCGCGAUUGUGUUCCUAGUCGAAGCAAUCAUCAAAAUCAUCGCAGAUGGCUUCCUCUGGACACCCAAUGCGUAUUUCCGCAGUACGUGGGGUGUCAUUGACGCCAUCGUACUAAUUACCCUAUGGAUCAAUGUCAUCACCCUCUUCACCAACGACGGGGCUGUGUCUCGGGCUGUGGGCGCUUUCAAGGCAUUAAGAGCUCUGCGUCUGCUCAACGUCAGCGACAGGGCCAGAGAGACUUUCCACUCCCUCUUGGUUGUCGGCGGAUUCAAGAUUCUAAGCGCUGCCUUUGUCUCCAUGUCCUUGUUGGUCCCAUUUGCCAUUUAUGGCGUGAAUCUCUUCAAUGGGAAGCUUGUUGCCUGCAACGACGGAUCAGGCGCCGUAACCAGUCUGAUUGAUUGCUAUGGCGAGUAUAACAGCACCCCUUUCAACAACGAUUGGCCUCUUUUGGCUCCAAGGGUUGCGUCCAAUCCAUACUUCAACUUUGACGACUUCGGCUCGGCCCUUUUUGUCCUCUUCCAGAUUGUCAGCCAGGAAGGAUGGGUUGAUGUGUCCUUUGCCGUCCAGGCAAUUACUGGUAAGGGCCUUCAGCCUCAAGGGGGCCCGCCAUACAGCGCCCAAGGAAAUGCCUUGUUCUUUGUCAUCUUCAACCUCAUGGCGACAGUCUUCGUGCUCACUCUCUUCAUCUCCGUCUUCAUGAGGAACUACACGGAACAGACAGGAGUUGCUUUUCUAACGGCGGAGCAAAGAUCCUGGCUAGAGUUGCGCAAACUCCUCCGCCAGAUUUCGCCGUCCAAAAGCGCCUACGACGAGAGCAAAAGGAAGUGGGUCAUGUGGUGCCACAAGCGCGCGAUCGAGAAGCGCGGCAAGUGGUAUCUAGCUGUUACCAGCGUUCUUGUUCUCCAUCUAGUGCUUCUCCUUGCCGAGUUCUACUCGGAACCGGUCUGGUGGACGCGAACUCGCGACGGCUUGUUUCUUGUCUUCACUCUGAUCUACAUCAGCAACAUUGUGGUGCGAAUAGUCGGGCUCGGCUGGAGUCGGUUCCGAAAAAGCUCGUGGGACGUCUUUUCCCUGGUUGCGGUCAUUGGAGCUCUCGCCACUUCUAUCUUGUUCCUGACCAACACCGUGCAAGACACGUACAUCCAGCUACAUAAGUUCUUCCUGGUGGCACUUGUGCUUUUGCUCAUCCCGCGGAACGACGCACUCGAUCAGCUCUUCAAGACGGCUGCUGCUAGUCUCACGACAAUCGGCAGCUUGCUGGCCACAUGGCUGGUGUUCUUCUUGGUUUUCGCCAUAGCGCUGACCCAGACGUUCAGUCUGACACGGUUCGGGAGCCAAGAAGACGCCAACAUAAACCUCCGCACCGUCCCCAACGCGUUAGUUCUCUUAUUCAGGUUCAGCUGCGGAGAGGGCUGGAAUGAGGUCAUGGAAGACUUUGCCAAGAUUAGGCCUCCUCUGUGCGUGGAAGGGGACACAUUCUUUGACAGCGACUGUGGCAGCACUGGGUGGGCCAGGUUCUUGUUUGUUGCGUGGAACAUCAUCAGCAUGUAUCUCUUUGUCAGCUUGUUUGUUUCGCUCAUCUACGAGAGCUUCUCUUACGUGUAUCAGCGAACCAGCGGCUUGGCCGUGGUUGACCGCGAUGAGAUCCGGCGGUUCAAGGAAGCCUGGCGCAGCAUCGACCCAUCCGGUACUGGGUACAUCAGUAAGGAGGCCUUCCCCCGAUUGUUGGGGGAAUUGUCGGGAGUGUUUGAGAUGCGCAUAUAUGACGCCGACGACUCGGUGCGCCAGAUUCUUGAGGAUGUCCGGAACGAAGGGGGGGACACGGCCAGUAUACGACACGCCUCCAUCGUCGGCAAUGGCGGAUCCCAGACGGGAAUCGACCUGAAGAAGUUGAACCAGCGGUUGGCCAAGAUCGACGUUGUGAAGGUGAGAGAACGGCGGCGCCGGUUCAACAUCUUCUUUGAAGAGGUCAUGGUAUCGGCCGACCCCGAGAGAGGCAUAUCUUUUACGACGGUCUUGAUGAUUCUGGCACACUACAACAUUAUCAGCGACAGCAAGAGCUUACGACUGGAAGAGUUCUUACGCCGCCGAGCCCGGCUGCAGCGUGUCGAAGAAGAAGUAAGGCGACGAAUUGUGCUGGGGUUCUUUGACAUGCUAUACUACUCGCGGCAGUUCAAGCGCCACAUGGAACUCAAGCACUCGGCUCGCAUGACGGCAAUUCCGCAAUUGGAUGUUCCUGAAAUCCUAGUAGACAAUGAAGAGGACCGGGCAGCCGGCGGAGCGGCCAGGGCGGGCACCGAGGGCGACACGUCGAAGUCGAACAUGUUGGGGCCCAACGCUGCUAGCGGGGGGGUGUUUCUCUCAGCGGACGACGCGCGCUCACCUACGCAUCAUCAGCGCAGUUGGUCCGGCGUCAGUGCCGACCUGUCGUCAUACGACACGUCGUAUGGCCAUCCCCUAGCUGGGCCCCGAGCGUCUGGCCCGGCGUCCCCUAGCCACCGCAAUCAGGUUAGUGCCUUCAGCUUUGAGCUGCACGAGGCACCAGAUGGCGGAGACAGCAGCGACGCAGCUACGCGGACUGGGCGUCGUGGGUCGGUCAGCCCUGCCCAGGUCAGAGAGAUGCUGGACGAUUCCGUCUGGAUGGCAAGCAUCAGGAGAAGCGCAACAACAAAGAGGAACAACAACUGGGGUGGGGGUAGCGGGCCCGGCGAGUUUUGA